UUUGUAAUUUUCACAUGUAGGUNAGGCAUUGUGCAAAGUAAAUACAAAGUUGACAUACCAGAAGUUUCGCUCAGCGAGUUUAUGUUAGAUGAUUUUCAGGAAUAUGGAGAUGAUUUGGCAAUGGUAAGCUGAGUUUAUGGCCAUUAACUAGUUAAUCAAGUGUAAAGCACAUAAUUGUUUGCGAAGUUUGUUGUUAUUAUGCAGCGAACAACAAACUGGAACGCAGUUCUGUAAAACAGGUAUGCAAAUGAAGUCUCUGUGUACUUUGAACCCUGUGACAAAAUGUCCGUCAACCGGAUAGGAUUUUGAUUUUUAUUAGGUUGUGUUUGGUCAUGUACGUAUAAAUGUGCCCAUUUUAAUUAUUUCAAGCUUAACUUGGACGACAACACUUUAUGUUUGUUUGAAUAUGUAAAACAAAGUGGUCUCUUGGUGCGCUUACAACCUUUCUGAUUUGCAUGACCUUUGUUCUUUAGUGAAGUCAUGUGAAGUAUCUUGUGAUUGUAUUUGAAUUGAGACUUUACACUGUACAAUGUGGGAGAUUCAUAUCUUUUUCUUGAAAAGGAUAUUUAUUACAUUUAACAUUAUCUAUAACAUUUUGAAACAAAAUCUGUGAUGAACACCUGGCCAUUUCAUGUAAUAUCCACAUUCCCUCUAUAUGAAUUUUCUGAGGAAGUCUUGGAUAGAAAUUUCUGAGGGGAAAACUGCUGUGUCAGCACUUUUGUUUUGAUAUCGACUAUCCCAUCCACCCCCUCCCCCCACCAUAAUAAGAUUUUAAUUUUCUUAGGAGGGCUUCAAAGUUAUUUCUCAGGGGUUUGAGAAAAAAUUUGCUAUUUCUGAAGGGGGGCUGUGUUGGUACAUGUACUUUUGACCCGUUUUUCUCUGAGGUAUAGUCAACUUAAAAAAAUUCAUCCAUAGGGGCGGGGUUGUAGCUGUUAAUAUGAAAUGGCCCUUUCUCUUAAUUUUCUUGGGCAUUAGAAGUUAUAUCUCAUCGACAAGGGGGGUUCUAUUAAAUACAAUGGCUCACCCUUUUUAUCGAUCUCUUCUCAUUUUAAUCUGAUAGUUGCUUGGGGUUUUGUGGAUAAUUUCCUGUAAGAGGCUAAUAAAAUAAAUUUUUCCUUGUUGAAGCUCCAUGCAUUGAGUAAAGCAUUAGACUUGUUAAAAUAUCUCUCAAUCCACACAAAGCUGUAAUCAGAUAGUCAGAUUACGAUGUUGCUACACCUAAUAGAACCACUUUCCUUUUCUUUGUUUAUCAUUUGGCUCGGUGCAUGCUACUAGUGUACACUAGUGUAGCACCGUGCCUACGCAUGAUUUCAUGCUGAAGAGAAGGCACCUUUUUUGUGCCAAAGCAUGGAAAAAAACAUGCAUGGGGACAGAUUUAUAAUAGGCAGACUUUAGGUACAGUUAAGGCACGUUUUGAAUACUGGCUGUAUUGAGAUUUUUAGCCAUGUGUACACCAGUAGCAUGUGCCAGGCCAUUUAUUUAUUUUAAUUCUUCACUAGGUUGAUGGUGCUUCUGGAAAAUCUUACAGCUACAAUGAGCUCAAUACCUCAAUAAAAAAGUUGGGGUCAGCAUUAACAAAAAGAGGUUUCAAGAAAGGUGACGUAUUUGCUCUGUACCUACCCAACGUGCCAGAAUAUCCCAUAGUAUUCUUUGGAGUCAUUGCUCUGGGUGGUAUAGUGACAACGUUAAACCCAACUUUCACUGAAAAGGAGAUUUCAUACCAGCUGAAAGAUUCAGGAGCAAAAUACAUUCUUACGAUACCUGCUAUUGCUGACAAAGCAAAGAUAGCUGCAGCAGAAAAUGGAAUAAAUGAGGUUUUCGUAAUUGGUGAGGCAGAAGGCUGUGAGCCUCUUGAUUCGCUGUUUUUUGAUGAUGGCUCAGCUUUUUCAGACAAUGUGCCAGUCAACCCAAAAGAAGAUGUAUGCGUUAUGCCAUACUCCAGUGGAACAACUGGCUUUCCAAAAGGUGUCAUGCUUACGCAUCAAAACAUAGUGUCACAGGUAUGCAUGCUUUUACAUGAUGCCUUCAGGUCUCAUCCUUUCCGAGGAACUGUCCUGGGGCUUCUUCCCUUCUUUCACAUCUUUGGCAUGGUUGUCAUCAUGGCUCAUUUUCUUAAACGUGGAGGAAAAAUAGUCUGCAUGCAACAAUUUGAUGGAGAGAACAUGCUUGGACUCAUUCAAAACUUCAAGGUACUGUAAUAUUAUUGCUCCUUUUCUUCCUUCUUCCAGCUUGUAAAUAGUACUAGUUACCAAUAUUGAACACUGCUUCCGUUUCUGGUUGGAGGUGUGUCCACGGCAUGCAUAUUUAUAUAUUUGAACAUACUAACCAACUCAUGCACAUAAUCAUUUUCAAUGAAAAACUCAGUCAGUGAUACAACUAACAUGUGUAUGUGAAUGUGUAUCUAACUGGAAGAGGAUUUUUUUGGCAUUUUUUCACUUAGAAAAAUGUGCCCUCUUAAUAAAUAUUUAAACUGGCUCACCUUAUAGCUAUAGGUGGCUCUUCCUAAAAUGUUCUAGGCUGACUAAUAAAAUGGAUCUUGAUAUACAGUAAAAACCCGCCUAUAAGAACCUAACAUUUAAGAACCUGUUAGGCUGAAAUUUCAUUUUUAAGCACCCUUCACAUAAGAACCAUUUUAGGCUAAAAUCCUAAAACAGGUUCUUAUUUUCAAAAAAGACAAAAAUAUAUAGAGUUAAGCAAGAUUUAUUGACAAUUAUAGUGAAGGUUACAGUACCAUCCCUUGUAGAAAUUCAGUACAUUUAAAGUAUACUUUAUAUAGGUGAUAAACACUUUAAAAAGUAUACUUCAUUUGUACUUAAAGUAUACUUUAAGUAUACUUACCAGAAGUAUACUUUAAGUACACAACUUUUCGACACCUAAAAAGUAUACUUAAAGUAUACUUAAAUGAAAGUAUACUUGAAGUAUACUUAAUGGGAAGUAUACUUCAAGUAUACUUAAAAUAUACUUUAAGUAUACUCAAUGCAAUAUUUUUAUCAACCACUGAGACACAUCAGACUUGGAUCAAUUAUAUUGUAAAAUCAUUUAUUGAUGUAACAAAAAAAACUACCCUUAACUUAAAGCAAUACAAAUGUACUAAGAAAUUAUAAAAAAAUAUACAGCAAAUCUUGUUGGAAUAGGUUUCCACAACAUAAAAAUAUAAAUUUUCUAUUCCUAUCAAAGGAACUCACUGAAUUUGAUUACCAUAAUAUAUUAUUCUUCUUGAUUUUAGUAAAAUUUUCAUUGACAAUGAGAUCAUUUCAAGGAAGGUGCAUGUAUAUUAACAGGUUUCUUUCUGAACUUUCUUUAACUCACUUGUACUUAAUAAUUAUUGCUUAGAACCAUCACACAAUAUUCUUCUUAAUUUUAGUAAAUGUUUAAUAGACAAGAAUGAUUAGAUCUGUCCUCUUUGGCUUCAAAGUAAAUUGUGCCAUUACCUUAUUAAAGAAAUAUGUCUACCUAUUACAUACAAAAACUGGAACGAAAAAUGUGAUCUAACGAAAACAGGACUUGGUUUUAUAUUUUGAAUUUACACUGCACUUUAGGCGAAGAAAACAAGCUUUCACUUUGUAAACCUUAAGGCUUAACUUGUGUGUCAUUUGCAAAUGACUCGCAAAGAAGAAUCGAUAUACAUUGAAACGACUGGAACCCAUACAUUUUUCACCCCAAAACUUACUUGUAUCGUCAAAAUUCAGUCAUGGUGUACUUCUUUUGUUUUCUUUUCAAGUUCCACUCAUAUUGUACACGAAUUGUGAAGAUAAAUUAAAAGCAAUAUUCCAAGCGAAAUAUCUUGAAGACACUCUCGGCAAAGCUCAACGAACGUUCCUUCGAAUCUGUAUCGCCCGCCAAAACCAUAUAUGGAAGUAAGGUAUGCUGUAAAUGAUUCAUACAUGACCGUAUUAGGAAAUCCACAAGAUCCCGUAUAUGUUCCGACGGUACUGGAAGUCAGCGGUAAUUCAACACCUUCAUGUAUACCUUUCUUUCCUCGAACGUAAAGAUGUCCGACAAUGAGCGAUGGUUUUGCUUCGAGUUCUCGUUGUAUUUCUUAAGGUCCUCGUAAGAAAGGAGGUAAAACGACGCGGGCCUUAAUUACAUCCAGUAUUUUUUACUGCCAAAUACAAAAAUUCCACGAAAGACGUUAAAGAAAUGACCAGAAUGAAACUGUGCGACUUUGCCAUUUCGCCCAGGGAUCGGUGGAUGAUCUUAAUUCUUACGAAGGAAGUCGACUGAACAGCUAAUGUGUGCUCUGUGUAACUAGAAACCUCUUAUAUACUUCACCACUCUGAAGAAAUCUUUACAUGAUCUCAACUGUGUCCUUAAUAGAAGAAAACUGAUUUGAUCUGAAUAGUAUUUUGAAGUUAAAUUAUACUUAAAGCAGACUUUCACUAUACUUUUGUCUUGUAGUGAUUUCAAGAUCCGGACAAACCUUCUUAGAUCCUCAGAUCAGAAUGUGUCUUUCAGUUUCAAAGUAUACUUAAAGUACACUUUUUUUUCCAAAACUAUUUUUCACAAGCACUGAAGUUUGAAGAAGUAUACUUAAAGUAUACUGAAGUAUUUGAAGUGUAAAUGAAGUACAUUUGCCAAAUAUACUUCAUUUAUACUUUUUUUCUGGAAGUACAAACGAGGUAUACUUCAAAUGUACUUUUUUUCUGAGAAGUACAUAUAAAGUAUACUUGAAGUACACUUAAAGUAUACUUAAUUUCUACAAGGGAUAGUUUUGAUUGUAAUAGAAUCAGAUUAAAAUAGUAUAGUAUUUUGCUUAAGGAAGCCUCCAAGAAUACUGUUUUUGGACAUUAAACACCAGAUCAUUUAAAAAUUCAGCUUUAUUUCUUGAACAAAAGUUAAGAACCUAAUUAAGAACCUAGUUAGCCUAAUUUCACACUAAGUACCAUUUAUAUAAGAACCUGUUUAGACUAACUUGGAAAAACCUAGGUUCUUAUACGCGGGUUUUUACUGUAAUGAACUCCUAUUUAACAAAGUUCUUGGUAUAAAGAAUGAUUUUCUUUACUCCAGCAAUAGUAUACAACUAUCCCCCAAGGGGGAGGUGAAUAGUGGUGGAUAUAUACUGAGAUGCGAAAUGUCAAGGUAUAUAUCUAGCACUGUUCACCAAUCCUGAGGGGAUAGUUGUUUUGGUAUUUACCAAAUCAGUUGGAUAAAAAUGAAAAAAGUAACUUUUUUGUAAAUUAAAAGCAUCACUUAGUGGGAAGUUUGUUUACAAUUUACAAACAUCUUGGGAAUAUUGUCAAGUGCAUUAUUAUGAUUUUGUUGCAAAUUCAGCAAGAAAAUAAUUUUCUACCUACCAGUAAACACUGACAAGCUGAACUUCAUCACUUUCUUGGUAUUUGUUUGUACAACUGCUUCAUUUAUCGCUUAAAUUUCAUCUUCCCAAAAAUUUCUCACAAAAACAGUGAAUAGCCAAGGAUAUUCCAAGUUACGGUAGCCGAUCAAAACACGUGAAAAUUGCUAUUCACUGAUUUGGUAUAUACUAAUACAAUAUGAAAAAGAACCUCAAAAUAAUGAAACCUCAUUACAGCAAACAAAUUUUGCUAUGAGUCGCUUGGCCCUUCUUUACAUCAUGGUUCCAAUGUAUUAAAGAUUAUAAUUAGUAUGUACGAAGUAGACCUAGUGAAAUGUUAUAACUGUGAGGUAUUUCCAGGAUCAGUACAAGAUCCUCUAUAGUCUGCCCCAAUUUCUACGAAAUUAAUUGGUAGUGCUGCAAUAAUAAAGUGCUUUUGGUGAUCAGACAGAAGCCAGACUUGUAACAUUGAACCAGUUUUCCAGAGAGGAAAAGACAGGAGACAGAGAGAGCAUUCAACAACUCUAUUUUAAAAUGGCAUGGGCAUAGAGUCAGCAGCAGCAAUUUUAUAAGGACCAUGAAAUCAACAAAGUUUUCAGUUUUGAGUGAAUAAUGAUUGUUGUGUUUCAGAUCCACUCCUUAUAUCUAGUGCCACCAGUUAUCACAUUUUUGAGCAAACAUCCUUUGGUGGACAAUUAUGACCUUACAAGCGUAGAUACCAUCAUCAGUGGUGCAGCUCCACUUGGAGAGCAACUCACUAAUGCUUUAUGGAAACGUCUUCCCACUGUGGUAGCUAUUGGGCAAGGUAUACAUGACCCAGUAUAAAAUAAUAUAACAGCCAUCAAUAGUAAAUUUGUUAUGUCCAGGCUAUAUUGCUUUUGUCAGACAGGAGACAGAGAGAGCUAGGGUAUGAGGGUACGGAAUGUGAGAGCUAAGUGUCUCAUGUCUUGAGCUGAUGUCAAAUUCACCCUUCCGAUGUGCAGGUACUAAAGUGCAGGUCACUGUUCCAGGGGCAGAUCUAGGGGGAGGGUGCAGGGGGUGUGCACCCCCCCUCCCCCUGAGAUGACCUGAGGUUUUCUAAUACAACUGGUAUUCUGCAAAAAAAAAACUAUGUGGUUUAUUGGUGUUGAAUUAGAGCAAGAGAUGAGUGCACCCCCUCCUAAAAAAAAUCCUGGAUCCGCCGCUAAGUUCCAUGGAUAAUUUACCAAACCGCACAGAUUCAUCUCAAUCUAAUGGAGCAUUUUGUUAAGAGAUUAGGGCCAGGAGGCACUUUUAAUGCUGUUCAUUUACCUGUAUUGUGGUGACCUGUACUCUGACCUGUGGAAAAGUGACCUGUAUUUUAGCCCCACUGCUUCCAAGGGACUCAAUGUAAAAAUGGCUGCUGGAUUGAUAUUCUUUUGUCUAAAUUAAAAGUAGCCUGACUAGCCUCAUUCUUUAGCAUAAAAUUGAAAAGAAUACAAAUCUCAAGCGAGGCUAGUCUGGGUAAUUUUAAGUUAAUCCAGCAGCCAUUUUUGCAUUGGGUCCAUGACUAGUAUAAUUAUGUAUAAGGCAAAUCUACCAAUUAAUCUGGACUGAGAAUUCAUUAAUCCAUGGAUCCAGGGCUAUCACCAAGAGCUGGGGGCUGGGGAUUUUCCCUGGCUACCAUGAGCUUGAGCCGCCCUGUCUACUCUUAUAGGAAACGAAAGGAAAUAGAACCUAAAGAACUUCCUAGCUUUACAAUUUCCCUCAUACUAAUUGCAUAUACCCGGCAACUUGAAAUUUUAGCAACAGCCCUGCAUGCAUCCCUUAAAUUCCAGUCAUUAAGAUGAUUGCCUAUAGUAGCAUUAAACCUGUCCUAACAUGACUAUCAUGAAUAAUUAUUUACUAAUAAUAUUAGUCUUCAUGGUCUCUGUAUAAAUAGUACGGAGACCGCGUAGUGAUGCGAGACCUGUACGAUACAGAAGACGUUAAAACAGCGCUGCUUUUAAUUAGUGACUUAUUAGCGCUGCAACGAGCGCUGCAGAAAGGUUGCACGAACGCUGUUUUCUGUUCGCUGCAGCGGUGCAUUUUUGUGACUGCGUUAACGCUGUGGUAGCGACACUGAGAACUGCAGGAGCGCUGCCGUAAAGAUGCAAAAAAAUAGCCACACGAGGCCAUAUGGCAAUAAACAGCUUUUAUGCAGCGCUGUGCAGCGUUAGUGAAGCGCUGCAAAGAACAGUUGUCCAAAAAAG